CACCCGCGCUGCCGAGGCUGCCGGGAGCACCGCGAGUACCGGGAGCACCGGGACAUCGGGAUUGCCGCUCCCGCAGAGCCGGGAUCGCGGUCCCCGGCACUGGGGGCACUGGUCAGGCUGGGAGCAGCCGCGAGGGACAUGCUUGGAGCUGGAUCCCUGCGGAGCCUCGUCCAACUCGCCUGGAUGUGCCUGUUCUCCUCCGUGCGGCACGGCGAGGCCAAGGUGCUGGAGAAGACCUUCGAGGAGUGGCUGCGGUACCGUGACGAGUGCCUGAGGAGGAUGGCGAGCGAGCCCUACCCUGCAGGGCUGUUCUGUAACAGAACAUUUGACAUGUACGCCUGCUGGCCCGACGGAAGCCCCGGCACCACCGUCAACGUCUCCUGCCCCUUCUACCUGCCCUGGUUUGAGAAAGUGAAACACGGGCUGGUGAGCCGCAGGUGUGGCACCGACGGCCAGUGGGUGACAGUGAACGGUAGCCAGCCCUGGAGGGACUACUCCCAAUGCGAGGAUGAGCUGGAGGUCACUGCUGAGGAGGAAGGCGCCCGCCGGCUCAUGGUGAGCUUCAAGGUGCUCUACACCGUGGGGUACUCGCUGUCACUGCUCACCCUCAUCUCCGCCCUGCUCGUCCUCACCGUCUGCAGGAACCUGCGCUGCACCAGGAAUUACAUCCACGCCAACCUGUUCGCCUCCUUCGGGCUGCGGGCCACCUCGGUGAUGGUGAAGGACGCGCUGCUGGAGCGGCGCUGGGGUGUGGAGCUGGUGCAGGUGGCCGACUGGGAGGCUCUGCUGAGCCACGAGGCAGCGCUGGGGUGCCGUGCAGCGCAGGUGCUGAUGCAGUACUGCAUCCUGGCCAACCACUACUGGUUCCUGGUGGAAGCUGUCUACCUCUACAAGCUGCUCAUCGGGGCUGUGUUCUCCGAGAAGAAUUACUACAGGCUCUACCUCUACCUGGGCUGGGGGACCCCCGUGGUGUUCGUGGUGCCCUGGAUGGUUGCCAAGUACCUGAAGGAGAAUGCAGAGUGCUGGGCUCUGAAUGAGAACAUGGCUUACUGGUGGAUCAUCCGCAUCCCCAUCCUGCUCGCCUCCCUGAUCAACCUGCUCAUCUUCAUGCGGAUCCUCAAGGUGAUCCUGGCCAAGCUCCGGGCCAACCAGAAGGGCUACGCCGACUACAAACUGAGACUGGCCAAAGCCACCCUGACCCUCAUCCCCCUCUUCGGCAUCCACGAGGUCGUUUUCAUCUUCGCCACCGACGAGCAGACCACGGGCAUCCUGCGCUACGUCAAGGUGUUCUUCACCCUCUUCCUCAACUCCUUCCAGGGCUUUCUGGUGGCUGUGCUGUACUGCUUUGCCAACAAGGAGGUAACGUCCCUGUCCCUGUCCUUGUCCCUGCCAUGGCACCUUCUGCCCGGCCUCCCCACCCCAUCCCGUGCCUGCAGGGAGGGCACAGCCAGGGACCAGCCCCUGCUCCCUCCCCUCCAUGGCAGGUCAAGUCCGAGAUGAAGAAGAAGUGGCAGCUCUGGAAGCUCGACCACCCGGUGCUCUGCUGUGCCCAGUGAGGUGAUGACUGGCCAGGGCACUGGGGCUGCUGGCCACAAUGGCCACAGGGCAGGUGGCUGCAGGAAGCUGUGCUGGGCAGUGCCCACUCGAGAUGGCCAGGCUGGGACACUGGAGCCGCUGAAGGGCUGGGACACUGGAGCCGCUGAUGGCCCUGCUGUGACACAAGAGGGAGGUGGCACCCCUGGCUCCUGCCAGGCAGGGCUGUCCCCUCAGCAGGGCCUCACCGGGGCUGUGUGGGCAGAACCUGCUGCCUCCUCCCACUGCCCAAGCAUCAGCAGAACCUGGCAGUGUCCCCCAGGAGACCCCCACCCACCUGGGCACCCCUGGGAUUGCAGCAGCCGUGGGGAGCCUGAUCCUCAGCAGUGGGAAUGGGAGCUGCUGUCCCAACCCUGCACCCGGGGCCACACCCUGUCCUCCCCUGGCUCCCAGCCCAGGACCAUCUCAGCAGGACCCUGUCAGCUCCAGACACCCACAGCCACCCUGGAAAGCUUGUCACAGCGAGGGGCUGCUCCUGCAGCUCCUCCCCAGCACAGAUCAGCAGCCCCCAUGUCCUCCUCACUGCUCUCCAGCUGCAUAAACCCCCUGGAGCCCCAAAAGCCCUUGGGAGUGAAGGAUUUGAGAGCAGCAACUCACUGGGGCAGAGCCAACCUCCCCCAGCCCAGGUUCAGCAUCCAGCCCAGCCUCCUCCUGCUUUGUGGAGGGAAAGCUGGAUUUGUAGGUCUGGCAGGAGCUCAGGAACCAUUCUGCUGGCCAAAGGCUAAAAUCCUGGGAGUUGGCUUUCCAGCAGGGUGCCAAAAGGAUCAUCCUACCUUGGCCAAGCAGCCUGUGGAGCCCAGGAAACCCAGGAGUAAGGGAAGCAGCUGAGAUGGCAUGGUUUGAGCAGGGCUGCUCCUGUCCUGGCCCUGUGCUCUCCUGGAGGAGCCCAGAGCAGCUGGAAACACGCCCAGCCCCUCGCUCUGACCCCCAGGAGCAGCACAGACACUCUGCCAGAGCUUGUCCCCAUCACCCUCCUUCCUUUGCCAUGCACAAAAGUCGCCUCCAGGCCAGAGGAAGCAGCUGGGAUGCUCCAGGAGAUGCCUGCCCAUGGACAGAGGAGGUUCUCCAGGUCCUGUCCCUUCCCUGAGGGGCUGGGAGGCUUCUCCCCAUGCCCCACAAAGGGACUGCCUCAAGCACACAAAGCAAGGAGGCUGCACCAGGCUGGAGUCAUAAAGGAACAAUCCUGGAUCAAUGGAACCCCCACAAGACCAUUUUACACAUUAACUCUCUUUUCAGAUGUAAAUAAAUAUUUAUUUUUCAGCAAGCA